CGCCUCGGCAACCGGUGAACCUUAUUUCUCAGCCUUUAAGCUCUCCAUCCAACUACAAUUGACAUCAUCUAUCACACCAUUCUCAUCGGACAGACGCUUCUACAACUUCUCUGUGACCAUGUCUGCAGACGACCAGGCAUUUCUGGAUGUGGUAGUUUGUAUCUUACCAAUUUUAUAAGCAACAGCUAACAUGAAUAGCUCUCCUCGGUGCCCAACGAUAUAAAGAAGUACUCGAGCGAUGUUGCAGAUUAUGUCGAUAAACAUCUUAACCACGUUUCCAAUGUCCUGAGAGAUACUUUGUCAUCUUCUCCAUGGAUUCCCGAAUCUGCGCGUCCAAGACCACCCUCACCCCCUCCACGAGCCUUCCCCUCCAGGGUUUCUUCACCAGCAUCUUUAUACGAGCGAGUACAGCACUGGGUUAGCAACAAUAAGCUUCUCACGACCGCUAUUGUGGUUGCUGUUGGUGGGGCCACAUAUUAUGUUGUGACGAAAAGAACAAACCGGAAGAAGCGCAGAGCGAGGCGAUCAGGAAGUGGCGCAAGAGUCGAGGUUGUGGUUAUAGCUGGAUCGCCAUCAGAUCCAAUAACUCGCUCUGUUGCGCUAGAUUUAGAACGAAGAGGGUUUAUUGUUUACGUAGUAUGCAAUACUAUUGAGGAGGAGAUGCAAGUGCGCGGCGAAGCUCGUCCAGAUAUCAAGCCAUUGUCGAUUGACAUCGUGGACGUAAGUCUCUUUUCACACUUCUUCGACACAUCUAACAAAACCACAGCCUAGCAGUGCCCGAGCAUCUAUCGACCGAUUCACAGAAUUUCUCUUCAGACCUCAUACCGCAUUUGCGGGGUCCAAAACCCACCACCUAAUACUCCGCUCGGUAAUCUUCAUACCAGGAACCACAUACCCCUCCCAACCAAUAGCCACUCUUCCACCGGGCACUCUCUCCGACCUUCUUAACACCCGUCUCCUAACCCCAAUAAUAACCCUGCAAAACUUUCUCCCUCUUCUGCAAGACCAUCCACUCCCACAACCACAACUUCUACCCCCCGGGGCUCGUCCGCCAGUCUUCAAGCCUUCCGUCCUUCUUCUCACCCCCUCAAUAAUACCCUCCAUACAACCCGCAUUCCAUCUUCCCGAAUCCAUGAUAGUCUCGGCUCUCUCAUCAUUCUCCACAGUUCUCGCCUCCGAACUCGCACCCCUCGAUAUCCCAGUAACCCAUCUCCAACUAGGAACAUUCGACCUCCGCGCCUUCGCGCCACACAACAACAAGCAACUUCAAACUCUCAGCUCUGCACGCGCGGAAUCCCUGAAAUGGGAUGAAAGCGCCAGACUUUCAUACGCAAAGAACUUCAAUCACGCGAAUAGAAUUAAGAGUGCGAUAGGGCAGGGGACUUCUUUAAGGGUAUUGAAUGACGCUGUUUUCGAUGCUAUGGUUUCGACGAGGGGAGGUGUUGUGAGGGUUGGUGUGGGCAGCUCGGUUUAUGGAUUGAUUGGAAGGUGGGCACCGAGUGGUCUUGUGGGGUGGAUGAUGGGUGUUAAGCAUGUAAACGUUGGGGCUCAGAAAGCGGAGUUUGGACGAGGUGGAUGGUUUGGGAAGAGUCCGGGGGAAGUCACGACUACGGUUACGACUACCAGUAACUCUAGUGGUUCAAAGCCAGGGUCAAGAGGUAGUUCAGGGUCGAGUAGCAGUAGUUCGGGCUCGACUGGGAGCUCGGACGAGAAGAUGGAGCAUAGUGAGUAUAUUAAUGUUUAUGACCACCCGGAAUCGGAAAAUAUCUGGAGGGAAGAGGGAAAGCGGGAGGGUUGAAUUUGAGGUUGGGAUUAUACGUCUAUGAGGACGAGCACACGCAAUGGGAUAUACGGCACGGCGUUCUCUUUUUUUAUCUUGUUAGUACCUGGUUUGGGUUGGAUGGAUUAUGAUUUUGGAAUGCAUGAUUUGGUGGGAAUUACAUAUAUGGAAUUAGCUAGGUAGCUAGGUAGCUACAUGGUGUGGAAUACUCCAUUCUUUCAUCCAUUCAGGGAUUUGAAUAUGAUUACCAUGCUAU